UUUUUUAUAGUGAGUGUAAAGGUUGCAGAAUGGUGGUAGAUAGUCUGUCAGUUCAGGGGUCAGCUGCAGCGCGGAAGCAGGAGAGGAGAUUGGGAGGGUCGGUAGGCAACAAGAUGCAACCAAACGGAGUUAGCGGUGGCACUGGUGGCAUGACGCCUAAGGAACUCUGUGAUAAUGACGACCUUGCAACCUCUCUUGUGCUGGACCCUUAUUUGGGUUUUGUUUCACAUAAAAUGAACAUCAGGUAUAGACCAUUGAAAGCUAACAAAGACGAGCUUCGGAAAGUGAUAACAGAUUUUAUGCAGACCCAGAAUUAUGAAAAAACAUACAAAAAAUUGAUGGGUAGCGACUGGGGAGCAAGACUACCGCACGCUAAAUCGAAGCAGCAGCAGUUAAAUCUCCAGAAGCAUGUCUAUCGUUAUUUGAGGAUUUUCGACAAAGAUUCUGGGUUCGCUAUCGAGCCGUGCUACAGGUAUUCACUUGAGGGGCAGAAGGGCGCGAAGAUAUGCGCAACACGCAAAUGGCUGAAGCACGACAAAAUUCCUUGUCUCGUCGGCUGCAUCGCUGAGUUGAGCGAGAAAGAAGAAGCUGCGCUGCUGCAUCCGGGGAAAAAUGAUUUCUCAGUGAUGUUCAGUUGUCGCAAAAAUUGCGCUCAGCUGUGGCUUGGACCUGCUGCUUACAUAAACCACGACUGCCGCGCUAAUUGUAAAUUUGUUGCUACUGGAAGGGACACUGCGUGUGUAAAAGUAUUGCGUGACAUUGAAGUUGGCGAAGAAAUCACUUGCUUUUACGGCGAAGAUUUUUUUGGCGAUGGAAACUGUUACUGUGAAUGCGAGACUUGCGAAAGACGAGGCACUGGUGCUUUUGCAAGUCAAAAACCUGGGGAUGAAUUAUCUACAGGAUAUCGUCUCAGGGAAACAGACAAUCGAAUAAACCGUACGAAGCACCGACAGCAACCUAUCGGCUCUUCUAAGCACCACGCAGACGGUGCUCUAACGGAAAAAAAUGCCGUACUUGUUGGUAAUGCAGCUGUAGCACCACAAUCUCUCAGUAUGAAGGAGUUACGUCGUAAAGGAUUAACAAAAUAUGACGCGGAGUUGCUUAUCGCUCAAGGCUGUCGUUUUUCGGAUAUAACACAACAACAACCAACUAUCCCCGAAGAUACCACUAACACACAAUCGUUGCAAGCUCCGAGACCUCAUCCGUCCUCAAUAAUUGGUCCUGGAACGCGGACUCUACGUAAUAAACAACAGACUACCAAAAAUGAGAGCAAUAAUAAUAACAAUAAUAACACUAAUAAUAAUAAUAAUAAUAAUAAUAAUAAUAACGUAAAUGUCAACAAUGGUCAGAGCCUGCGAGCAUCGAGACUGCAAAAGAGAACGGCUACAAAGAGAAACCGUGCAAGUAUUGAUGAACGUUCGAUUCAUCAUACCGGGAGUAAUAAAAAUAACAGCGAGUAUGAUGGUACAGCGAUUGAUUGUCUAGCUGAAGAAUCUAAAGAAAAUCCACCUGGUUCUCUCAAUAAUAAUUUAAAUAAUGAUAAUACUAAAUUACAUACUUGCUCAGUCUUAACAAAAGCUUCUAAUAAUGAAACCGAUGAAUUUAAUGACAACAGUGUACCUUCAGCUAAAAUUGAUAAUAAUUCUAGUGAGAAAUCGUAUAAUAAUGUCCAUGGUCUUCCAGCAGCAGUAGCAGUAGAGUCUAAGAAAAAUAAUUCACCGGAUUCUGGAGUAAGUGAGCAGAUUCAAGACAAAGAUUCGAAAUUAUUGCACCCUAAUAAUUUAAAGCAGGCUAAUAAUGCGACAUCAACAGCAGAACGUUGGCGCAACAGUCAUACUUCAUUUACUGGUAUGACAAGACGUCGCAAAUCGCUUCUCCAGUCUUCGGGAGAUUCGCGAGACAUCGAGCACAGAAAAUCACCUGCACUCGGUGAAACACCUCGUAAAACAAAUUACAGCGAAGGUGAAGGUCAAACUGAGAGAUAUCUUCAGAUAGAUGCUAAAGUAGCGCCCGCGGAGAGUGAGUUUACCGAUCGGCAGUUUGACUCUACCAUGCAAGCUUCUAAAAACUCAAACUCGGGUAUUAGUUCUAGUUCUAGUACUAGAGCUGCGAAAGCUAAUGACGAAACAACAGCCCGAGCAUGCGUAGGAGAGCACGCGAGAUUCGGUGAUAAUAUUAUAACGGGUGAUGAUAAACUUUCUAAAAAGGAAACGGUAGAAGAUGUUCAAGAAUUUGACUCGGGUUACAGCGAAGGAAGUCAGUCUAAUAAAUCCGAUGAAGAUUUUAAUAAAUGGAAGGAUCAAUCUAGCGGUAAAAAAUCGGAAGAUACGCGUAGUUUGACUCUAAAAAGACCAUUUGUUGAGUCUUCGUCUUCAUCCAGCUCUUCGUUUUCUUCUUCGUACUCGGUGACUGUUGAAAAAGCCAGUCCAAGGUCUAGGAGAAAAAGCAAACGCGGUAGCAGAUCUGGGGGCGUUAAAACACGCAAAGCUAAAGAUUCGGUUAGUGUAGCUGAUAAAGAGCGUGUUAAAAAGGUACGGAGUGGUAGAGUGGUUAGGACGAACGGCAGAUUGACCAGAAGUUCACGAAGAGAAGAGUGUCUUAAAGAGGAGACGGGUGAAUCGACGGUAGUGGGUGCUGCUGACGAUGACUCGGGUAUUCAAGGUGACAUUUAUGAGUUCAAUGACAAUGAAAGUAGUAUCAGUGACACUAUUGACAUUAUCAGGCGUAAAAAUAUUGACUCUCGUGUUACUGAUAAUUCAAACAUUAAGUUGAGUGAGUCAUUGAAAAACAAUGAGUUGAGUGGUAAAAAUGAGCCACCUGUUUUGAUUCGCGAAGAGCCCUGGCCAGCUAAACAGCCAGUUUUAACAACCAAUGUUGACGAUGUUCAAUUAAUUAACAACACUAAUGACACAGUUGGACAGCUGAGCUCUCCUGAAUCUCAUCCUAAAGAAACGACAAAUCACUCACGUAAACCAGUACCUGAAGGUCAGUGGCAAAGUGAAACACUUUGUCGUGAGUGUCCGACGACACCUGAGCGACCUGGUGGCAGGUUAAAGCUAACCUUACGUAUGAAACGUUCACCUGUACUUGAUGAUCUCGUUGAGUCUGGGACUAGUCUCAGCGAGGACAGCUUUGAACCCGAGUACGAAGUUUUGAGAGUCGAGGGUGUCGAGGGCUCUGUUAAACGCAAAAAGAAACACAAGACCCGAGAUCGCGAGAGGAGGCACAAGAGACGUGAGUUAAAUCUCGAUCCACCACCUCCCCCGCCAAUGAAGAGACUGCGACUGAUUUUCGGAAAUGAAACUCACACUAUUGACCUGCCUCACUCUUAA